CCUUUUCUCUGCGCAAAAACCAAACAAAACGUGCUAACCAAGCAACCAUUCUCUCAAACUCACCUUUUAUUCACCUCUCUCCAAGGCCCAACGUCUUCAUUUUCGUUUUCAAAGCGUAGAACAUUCAGAACAAGAGUGCAACAUGGGUCGGGGUCCUAAAGUGUGUACCUCCUGUAUUCACAACUGUCGAAUGUUUCAUCGCCUUCACCCAACAACCACGACCUUGCCUACAUCUUUCUACAAGUUUAUGCUUCGUCAAAACGAUCUCAAACUUCUGUAUCUUCCUCCUAAGUUAAAACGGAAUAUGUCUGGUUUGGUCGGUAAGAGCAUCAAUCUUGAGGAUUCGACUGGUGGUAGAUGGGUUGUAACAGUAUCAAAUGUUGAUGGUUCGUUAGCUUUUAAGGAAGGAUGGAAUGUUUUCUCCUUGGAUCACAAGCUUGAAUUUGGAGAUUUGGUGGUAUUCAGUUGCAUUGACAAGUUGAAGUUUGGUGUCAAGAUCUAUGAUGAAUCUGUGUGUGAGAAGGUUGAUUUUUCUAAAAGAAGAAUUAGGAAAAAGAGAGAUAGAAAUGGUGAGUUUGUUAGACAAGAUCCAAAUGCCUCAUUUGUUAACUUCCAGACUGAAAAUGUUUUAGAAAAUGGUAAUGUGGAUGGAAGGGUUCAAUCUGUGUGUGCAUUAGACACAUGUUACACAACAAGCCAUGCAUAUCAAAAUGAUACAUCCUUUUUUCACAAAGAUCCUAUGUUUGAAGAAGUGUUGGGUACAGGAGAUACCUCAUAUGCAUCUAAACUUGGGUUGCAAGGAAGGAACAAUUGUUCAAUGGAGCACAAAUCUACUGCUUUGAUACUAGUAGAAAAUAACGAGCGCGAGUCGAUUAAGUCCAAUGGAGAAGUUCAAGAAGGCGAGCGCCAGUUUGCUGCGGGAUUAGGGAGUGAUCAUGCGGUGAUUUCCAAAGAAAAACAUGCCUCGCGUGCAUUCGAACUUGAAACUUCUGGAAGAAACAAUUCUCUUGGUGAUUCAUCCAAAAAUGCAUAUGAAAAGACUUCAAUUUUGAAACAUGAAAAAAACAAGGAGGGAAAAUCCUUCCUGUCCAAAAAGGAAAUUCAAGAGUGCCGUUUUGCCGAGGGCUUAGGUGAGAGGAAGAAAAUGCCUGUGAACAUGACCUCCAAAAGGCGGCGCCGUUUCAAUGAUAAAUUGCAUGCAACAGAGUUGCCAAAGGUUGUUAAGGGAAAGUUUAAUCAAAACAAUGAAGGUCACUUUGAAACUGUAACCACUAUUUCCUGUGAGAAUACCAAAGAGAGGUUCAAUAAAAUAUCUAAUCUCUUAGAUGAUUGUAUUCAACUAGGUGAGACGAAGGAAGUGCCGGUGGAAAUGACUCCCAAAUUACGCAAUACCAACGAUAAAAUCAAUGUGACAGGGUUGACAGAGGUUAUUAAGAGAGAGUUGAAUGAAGAUGAAACUGCUGCAACUGUCACUGAUAACAAUUAUCUUGAAUUGUCUGAACCCUUGCCGAUAUCUCGUGUUGGAUUCGGAUCGAAGAGGAUGGUGGUGUUCCUUAGGGAUCCACUCACAAGAUUGUGGCCGGUCCUUUGCCAUCAAAAAACUUGGCUGACAAGCGGUUGGUCAGAUUUUCAAAGAGCGAAUAAUAUAAAAACUGGUGAUGUGUGUGUUUUCAAGGUCGAAAAUAAGUAUGAAUGUAUCGUCUCUGUACACACAGACCACAAGUGAUGUUAAAAGAAUCGUAUGAUGCAAUGUUUUCUGCUACCUCUUUGCCCUGUGUACUACAAUAGCUUCAUGUAUCAAUGAAAACAUGAGAACUGAUUAAAAUCUUAA